GUAAUGGCUCCCCUCCCCGCCCCGCAAUCUCGGAGAAAUAAAACGGGACUCCAAAGCGGAGGCCAGCCCCGCACUCAGCAGCGCCGCGCCAGGGGUCAGCAGAGAUCCCAGACCGGCUUGGCAGGGAAAGGGACUAACCUGUGGCUACUGCCACAGCGGCGACUCCUCCUCCUCCUCGUCCUCCUCCUUCUCCUCCAUCACCACCACUCCGCCUCUUUCGCUCGCUGGGCGAAGAAAGCCGCCUCCUUCCACCUGCUCGCGGCGACGCUCGAUCGUCCGGACGCGGAGAAAAGAGGAGAAGCCACCGGAGAAAAGAGGACGACGACAACCCUGCUUUUUUUUUUUCUUUUCCCGGGAACGGGGGCUGAGGCAUGGCAGGACUCUGGGCCGACUGAAGAGGACGAGGGAAUCGCGAGCGGGAAAAGUGGUACAAGGACCGGCGGCGAAGCAGGAGGGUCCGCCUGCCUGAUUCAACGGAGGUGAAUAUCCUGGAAGCAGUAUGAGCCAGAAAGGAUCCACAGGCAGCCACUCUGGCUCUUCAAAUGGCAGCAUGGGUAAAGGAGAUGGUGCUGGCAAAAUGAGUGCAAAGGAUUUAUAUGAACAAAGGAAGAAAUACUCCAACUCAAACGUCAUCAUGCACGAAACAUCUCAAUACCAUGUCCAGCACCUGGCUACCUUCAUCAUGGAUAAAAGCGAGGCCAUUGUAACAGUGGAAGAUGCCAUCAGGAAACUCAAACAGCUGAGCUCCAAAGAGAAGAUCUGGGCCCAAGAAAUGCUGCUGCAGGUGAAUGACAAAUCUAUUCGACUGUUGGAUUGUGGAACUCAGGAAGAGCUCGAAGACUUCCUUCUGCCAACAGUCCAGCACUGCCAGACUGUGCUGAAUCAGAUGCGAUAUCCCUCCAUCCUCCUGUUGGUGUGUCAAGACUCUGAACAACACAAACCUGACAUUCACUUCUUUAAUUGUGAUGAAGUGGAGGCAGAGAUGGUUCAUGAGGACAUAGAAAGUGCACUUGCUGACCAUAAGUUUGGAAAGAAGAUACGACCUCAGACCCUCAAGGUGAACCAAGAGAAGAUCAAACAGAGGCAAUCCAUCCUUCCCCCACCUCAAGGGCCUGCGCCCAUCCCUUUCCAGGAUGAAAACAGAGGCUUCCGAAAAAACAACCAGAAUCGUGUGGUCCCUCCGUCCCAGCCAGAGCAUGAUCGACGAAGUAGUAGCUCCCAGGAAUAUGAGGAGUCUCGUGCAGCUUUAGCACAGAAGAUUGAAAAAGAAACGCAAAUACUGAAUUGCACCCUCGAUGAUAUUGAGCUGUUUGUGGCCAAGCUUCAAAAAGCAGCAGAAGCAUUCAGGCAACUGAACCAAAGGAAGAAGGGAAAGAAGAACAAGAAGAAAGGGCCAGCAGAGGGAGUUCUGACUCUGCGCGCAAGACCUCCCCAUGAAACCGAGUUUCGGGACUGCUUUCAGAAAAUCAAGCUGGCACUAAAUCUCCUGGUCAAACUGAAAAAACAUAUUCAGAAUCCAAGUGCUUCAGAAUUAGUCCAUUUCCUGUUUGGACCACUGGAACUGAUUGUUAAUAGCAGUGGAGGUCCUGAAUUUGCAAGGUCUGUCAUCAGUCCACUUCUUUCAAAGGAUACUACAGAUUUUCUGAAAGGGCAUCUAACACCAAAGGAAAUGGCAUUGUGGGAAUCCUUAGGAGAGACUUGGACAAGGUCAAGAGCCGAAUGGCCAAGAGAUGCCAACAUCCCAAGAUAUGUUCCAAAGUUUCACAACGGAUGGGAGCCACCCCUGGAAAUCUUUCGUGGGGCUCCAUGGGAAAUAGAUAUUGGCCAUUUGCAAGAAGAGCUGUCAUCAUCCAAUGGGUGUCCCAAUCGCCACUUGAAGCCAGUCCAGACUUCAGACCAAAAGCAAGGAGUGGAUGCCUUUGCUCAGCAUGUUACUCAACACGUAAAUAGGAAUUUUGAGGCACAGGGUAUGGCUCCAUCAAAGAGAUAUGCCAAAAUUCUUUAUGAUUUCACUGCUCGAAAUGCAACUGAACUGUCAGUGCUGAAAGAUGAAAUUCUGGAGGUGUUGGAAGAUAACAAACAAUGGUGGAAGCUGAAAAAUCGAAGUGGACAGGCUGGUUAUGUUCCAUAUAAUAUUUUAGAUCUGGUAACUUCAGAGGAUUUUGCAGCAAUGGAGCAGAGUAAUCAAAAAUACCGAGACUUGAGUCCACGAGCAUCUGGAUCUUCCAGUCCUUCCCAUAAGUUACCUCCUAGCUAUGCUGGCGACAAAUGGGGAAGUGAAAUGGCAGCCCACAGUUCUUCAGAAGCCAAAGGACAAUUGAUCCAUCACAUGGACGAGGUCAAUGAUGAAUUGCUGAAAAAGAUCACAAAUAUCAAAAUCCAGCAACCUCAAAGAAAUUUUAGAGUAGAGAAGACCCAGCAGGUUCAUGUGCCCUUAACCUUUGAAUCCAAUGCUGAGGAAGUCAGAGUUUGGCUGGAAGCAAAUUCAUUCAGCAAAGGAACCGUGGGCCAUCUUGGCAUAUUGACAGGAGCACAGCUUUUCUCCUUGAACAAAGAAGAAUUGAAAAAAGUAUGCGGAGAAGAAGGUGCCCGGGUAUUUAGCAAAAUCACAGUGCAAAGGUCUAUUCUAGAGAAAAAUAGAGAGAAAUCAGAACUUGAGGAAAUCAUGCAGCGACGCCAAGAGAGGAUUGAUUCUUCUAUUUAAGUUAUUUUGGUUUAUUUCAACUUGUAGUCACAUAUAUUUACUUGCAGGAAAAAGGGAAAAGAGGAAAAUAUAAUGGAGUACCUCUUCAAGUGAGACUGUUGGGACUAUCAAUGUACAUUGCCAUUCAGACCAACUGUUCCUUCAGCAAUGUUGACAAAGGGAACACUAAACUCCCUCAUUAAUUUGACAAUGCAUUGGGAAAGAAGCUGUAGUAUUGAAUGAAGUAUUAUAUUUUUAUAUUGCUAUAUUUUAUACAUGAUGUUACGUCUAUGAUUUCAGAGCAUGAGGACGACCAGAUUUCUGCUCUAAGCAAAAGUUGGAUUGAAGCAAAACAACCCAGUCAAUCUACGCAGUAUGUUGUCUCUGUGACCCAACAAUGCAUCCAGAACUGGCUGGAAAUACCAUUUGUUAUUAGCCAGCAAAUCCAUGUGCUUGGAAGCCUGCAUGCUUCCAAACCUUCUGCUAGUUUUGUACAAAACUCAGUACAAUCUGUAUCUAGCAUGCAGUGGGGAAUCUUCUGCAUCGCCUUUGUUACGUACAAAAGCUUAACAUUACCAGGCAAGAGCUUUAAGUUGGCCUGCUUUUUUCCCUAGAAUUAUUCCUCCCUGCACAAGCUGCUUUAAAAAAAAUUACACGCAAUCAAAAAGGGUCUUGGGGAAAAUACUUUGCACUGUAGUAAGUCGGGUUCACCCAAUGGCAGUUUAGUGAUUCAUUGCUUCAUCCAUAUUGAAAGUGAUAGCAUUCUUUGCUUUCAAUAACACAUCUCUCCUUUCUUUGCAUAUGUUUUUCUACAGGCUUUGCACAAACACACACACACACACAGACACGCACAGACACAUACAUUCCCAAGACCUGAAUCAACUUGAAUUCUUUGCACUUGCCCAGGCUUGACCCCACAUACCUCUAUUCUGAUCCUGAAGUGAACACAUGAGGCAUCCCUGAAAAUUUCAACAGCAAAUCUAAAUAGUCACAGUAUUCAAAUUGUCUUGUGAAAAGGAAUGUCAAGACAUAUAAAAGAGUGCAUAACUGAACUGGCCCAUAGCCACCUAUAUAAAAACUUCUAUUUCUUAUUUAUUAGUAUAAGGAGAUACCUGGAGUUCUACAAUCCAAGACUGUAUAUAUAUAUAUAUGUUCACGUGUUUAGAACCAAAGCCUCAUGGGAAGAGCCCUCAGACUGCUCUGACAAUGGACUCUCUGGCAGCUCUGCAAAUACAAAUGCAGCAAGAUGGAAGAGAGAACAGCAUGUCAUUUGGUUCUUUCCCCCAGACUUUUUAUUUUUCUUUUCCUGUUUUCUUUUGUGCCUAUUCUCUUUUAAACCAACAGGAGGAAGUGGUUCUGCACCAUCUGCAAAAUUGGUGUAGAUUAAGAUUAGGUUUAGGGCAGUAAUGGCGAACCUUUUCGGCACUGGUGCGCAUGCUCAUGCAGGAAAACGGAAGACCAGCUCUUCUAGUUUCUGGCAUUGCCGCAUGCAAAAAGGCCAGCUGAUCGUCAUGUGUGCAUGCCCGCCAGAAACCCGGAAAAGGAACAGGCACUGCCGCACAUGCCAGGCGACAUGUUUCUCUGUGCCACUCCGGGCAUGCAUGCCAUAGGUUCACCAUCAUGGGUUUAGGGCAUAUCAGGUGCCCCCAAAAAACUACCUAUAUUCUCUGCUUCCAUUUCCCCAACAUUGGACUUCAGGUGUUUACAAGCAAAUUUUUAACAUUUUUACAGAGGUUGGCAAAGAAUAUUCAAGGUAGAUCUUUCCACUCCAGUGGGAAAUUGAAGAAGUCUCCCAAAUACUCUUCCAAGGGAGUAAUCCGAAGAAAUACAAUUUAGAAAUCAAUGUUUGUUUCUUUGUUUUAAUCCAUUAUCACUAAACUGUAUUCAGACGAAGCUUUAGAAUGAAGGGCUGUAACUAUUCUCAGUAACAUAUGGCAAAAAUCUUCAAAGUAAAAGUGGACUGAAAUGAAAGCCAAACAAAUGCAUUCACUUUUGCUGAUUGGCAUGGCUUUAGGAUGCUUUUCUUACUUAUUCUUUUUAUCCUAGGGAUAGGACAAAAUUAGCUCUUUGUUUGGGCACUCUUGACUCAUAGGAAGCUUCAGUAUCACCCAAUUAAUGUUUAAUCAAAAUACAAGGAAGAACCCAACAUAUAAUUCCAAUCUGAUGGGAUUCUCAACAUUCCAAAUGCAUUCAAACCAUGCAAUCUGCUUUAAUCUGUUGAAUGAUACAUGAGACAAUUUAUUUUGUUUCCAGGAAAUCCUCUAAUGAAUAUAAACUUUCAUAAAAACUAAAUUUAUGAGCCAUAUGGAGAGGAGGAAAGUGAAAUAUGAAAUUAGAACAUGGCACCUUAUGCACUCAAGACACCAUUAAUUACUCUUUUAUAUAAUUUUUAAAAUCUAGAAUAGGUUGGUGAAAACUUAUAUUUGGUGGCUAAGUUUUUAGUAGAUUCAUCAUACUAAAGGUCCCACUGUGUCUCUUAUCUUUUGUAAAGUGAAGCUCCACUUUGCUUUAUUAGGCAUAAGCUAAAAUCCACAACCAGUCAUGAUUCUCAGAUGCUUUUCUUUUUCUGCCUAAAUUAUGUAAUUGGCUGCUUACAUCCCCAGUGGGAAGCUAUUUACCCAAAAUCAAAGUAUGCAAUUGAAGUGGGACUGUAGACUUAUGAAAAUUGCUGUAGUCAGUGUUGGUGAACACAAGUCCGUUCAAACUGCAAAUCAGUAUAUAAGAUAUUAGCUGCUAAAACUUCAUUUACAUAUAUUUUGAAACUGAAAAUAUAUAAAUCUUGAAGAAAUUGUUGAACAUGGACUGGGUCUGGUAUAUAUCAUUCCAAAAAAUGUGUAUUAUUCUGCAUGUCUGGAAAAAUUUGUGAAAUCAAGCCUUUAAAGAAGGCAUACUUCGUUGCUUAAUGUUCCUCUAUCUACUAUUAUUUGUACAUUAGCCAGAAUGGUUUAUCUGUACAUAACUAUGUAGACAAAGUUCUUAACAAAGGCGAAACAAAAAGCUUUUGUGGUGAUAUUGCUAACUAAAAAUAUGCUCAUGUUAAGCAUUUUAAAGGUAGUGUGCAGAGAUAAUUUAAAUCAUAUUUUAAAAUCAGAAAAAAUAUAUAUUAUACGUGAAGCUGACAAAUAUAUAAGCAGCAGCUGAUGCACUUACUUAUAGACCAGAUAUAGAGCAGGCAAAAUUAACUAUCCGCUUAUCAUAUGGAAUAUUAAUAGUACAGUAAAGCCAAACAAAGUAAUAUAGAUAUUGAGAACUAAUAGGAAGAUUAAACAAUAAAUAUAAGAAAUAAAUGACUAUGUUCUCACUUUUAAAUGUACAUUAAUAGCUGUAGAGUUAAAUUCACUAAAGAUAAAGGAUUAUCUCCAUUAAGGAACAAUUCCAGGAGAGAGGAAGCAAUCAAAGUAACAAAAUUACUUUUUCCCCACAGUGUAUUUACCUAUGUAUAUGGUAGGAGGACUGAAGUGACAUUAUCCCGUCUUUCAUUUGACUUUUUACAACCCUAUAAACAUCUUUUCUCUUAAUUGAAGUGAAAUACAUUUCUCUGGCUCUUAUUUUCCAAUGACAGGUCAGAACAGAAGGGGUUUGGAUCCUCUAAAUCCACAGCCAGUCUUGGCAUGUUUGACUUUUCUCUGUUUGAUGGUAUUAGAGUAUAAAUAAUUCCAUCAGUGACUUUUCUGCAGUAGCCAGUAGGAAGCUUGGAAGACUGAAUCCCUUCCUACUUGGAGCAAUCACUUUCCUCUGCCAUUGGAGGAGGACCGCCAAAUACACUCUAUGGCAAAUGUAGUUACAAGACUCUCCUAUAUCACAUUAAUGGAGUAAGCACAAUCCUCAUUGCAUCACAAGGCCCGGAAAACUGCUGUAGAAAGACUAGUCUCUGUCUUGAUUUAUUUGGAAGUAUUUGAAGCAUAUCAAAUUGAUCUGAAGAUAUGCCUAACCAAAGAUGCUUUCAUUAGUGUUGCUGAAUUGUCUGUAUGUACUAUAAAUGAAAUGGCAAGUUGAUUGAAAAUUAAUAUUAAUUUUAAAAUGUAUCCUUAUGUAAAAUAUGAAUGGAAAUUUUAGUGCUUUGCUUAAUUGUAUCUGUGCUUCAUUUGUCGCACAAUUUGCAUGAUUUCAAACAAAAAUGGGAAAUUUGAGAUUUUUAAUACGUGUCCUCUCUUGCAUAUUAAAACUAUCUACCAGCACUGCUCAAAAUGG